UCCUGUAAGGGAUUCCAUCUUGUAACGGAUGUUUGAAGCCUGCUGUCGUCUUUCUCGGCAGCUCUCUUCAGUUUUUCAGCUCUAGACCACACAGAAGAACACAAUAAGGACAUUCGUGACGAGGAACUUGAGGACCUACCAUGGCAGAAGAGAGAGUGAAGACUGAGGAAUGAAACAUAAUUUGUCUCAGAUCACUCAGCCUAAGAAGGACAAGACGGGCGCAGCUCUGAAACUAACCCCUUGCAAAGAAGAAUGAGAUGCAGGCGUAUUUUCCGACAGAAAUUUCUCAACUCGACUGCUCACGUCAGUGAUACAGUGCAUGCUUCAUUUAAUCAGCAGCCAGCAAUGAGUAAUUCUCCCAUGCAUCCCCGAAGAUACACUCCAUAUGGCAUUCCAUCCCGUUAUCAGAGAGUCAAUGUACAUAAAUGGAACCAAACGGAUGUUAACAUGGAGGGAGGGCCAAAACCUCCAGAGAGAAAAAUGCAGAGGGACAAACAAGAUGAUACUUCAGAGAACUGGUUCAAGGUCACAAUUCCCUUUGGCAUAAAAUAUGAUAAGAAGUGGCUGCUGAAUUUGAUCCAGAGCCAGUGCAGCAUCCCUUUCACUCCGGUGCAGUUUCACUAUGAAAAGAUGCAGGCCCAUUUUUUUGUUGAUAAUCCCAACAUUGCCUUUAUGCUGAAGGCCAUCAGUGACAAGAUUCUAGAUGAGACUGAUAAUAAGAUAUCAAUCUUCAUCAGCCCCUGUGAUGAACCCCACUCAGUGACAGAGCUGAAGUUAGAAAAGAUGGAUCACACAAUGCUGACUACAAACCAACAAUGUGCUACUUCUCAGCGAGUUCUUAACCAGCAGAGACUUCCCUUUGACCAAGAUUUGAUGACCCGUCCUACUGACUUGGCACUGCUUCCUAGAAGGUAUAUGGCUCCUUCCUUGAGUAUCCAUAAAGAGGAUAUGACCCAGGUGAACUCUGAAGGGGAGAUGGCCAAGGUGCAAGCUCCGGAUCCAGAAAAGAUAUGUGCAGCCCAAAGCUCUCUGAGUGCUACCAUGCCGGAUAAGUCCAGUAACAUAAAUUCAAUUCUGGAAUUGUUCCCCAAGUUACUAAGCCUGGAUGGACAAGAAUCAUGUAAACCAACUCUCUGUGGCCCUGAAGAUCACAAGACCUUACCAACUUGCAAGGGAAAUUUUUUUGGAUCAGAAUCCGUAAAGACAAUGGUCCUACAGUUCCUGAAGCAGUAUUUCUUCAUCUAUGACAAUGGAGAUCGGCAGGGACUCCUCAAUGCUUAUCAUGCUGAGGCUUGCUUCACAUUGACCAUCCCCUUCAGUUCCAUUGACUUAUCCAUGAACAGCUUGUGUGAGUACUUCAAGUUUAGCAGAAAUAUGAAAAUUCUCAAGGAUCCUUAUAUGCGGAGGCAGCUGCUGAAGCACAAGAAAUGUGACAUUAUUCACUUCCUUCGUACAUUGCCCAAAACUCAACAUGACCUCACCUCCUUCGUGGUGGACAUAUGUCUGCAGACAGAAAAGAUGCUCUGCUUCUCUGUUAGUGGAUUGUUCAGGGAAGUGGACAGCAGCGCUCAAGGGUGUAUGCAUGCCUUCACUCGGAUUUUUGUUGCUACCCAUGACAACAGUUCAGAACUCUGUAUCAUCAAUGACAAGCUGUCAGUGACUAACGCCCAUGAGGUUCCCAGUGCCUCCACCCCUGUGGCCACAUCUUCUACCAGUUAUUUGCCUUCCUCCUCUCAAGAUCAACAGGAGAUGGUGCCAACAUUCUGUGCCCAGUCUGGGGUGAAUGUUGACAGGUCUCAAAAAUGUCUUCAUGAUGACCAGUGGAAUUACAACAGAGCUAUACAAAGCCUUGCUUUGCUCAAGGUAGAGGACACGGUCUCAGAGGAUAAGUUCACACAGACAGAUCCAAGAUCCUAAGAAUAGCACACCGAGAAGAAAUUCCUAGGUGUCACUAUCUUAUUUCUUCAAACCUCUGCUGAGAUUUUGUUCUAGUACAAACAUGUAAACAAACUGGGAUGUCUAGUUUCAUCCUGGAAGCUGAAGCCUAUCUGGUAGAGCCGACUUAAAUUGUUCUGUGUAUUUGUCACAUAUUUAAGGAUUCACGCUUCUUAUAUUUUCUUUUAUUAUAAGCUUUAUUAAUUUUGUUGAGCAUUUCCCAUUUUUAUAAUAUAUUCUGGUCACUCUCACCCCCUCACCCUGUCACAUCUCCUUCCUAUCCCUGUUCAACCUCCCUCUUCCCUAUAAGUCCUUGUCUCAUACUUACUUGUUUUGUUUUGCAUUGUGACCCACUGAGGAUAAACAGGGCCACCUAUGUGGCCAUGUGUUUGGAACUAUCAAUUGAGAUAUCUGUGGGUACAUAAUUAAAGAUAGUGACUAUCACUCCCCUAGAAUCCUUCAGUAGCCAAUAGUUUAACAGAGAGGGAUAGGACCCUUAACUCUGUGGUUGACUAAUGAAAGACUUAGUCUUGUGCAGGCCCAGUGGAGGCAAUCUCACUUGCUGUAAGAUUGCAAUAAUUGUAUCAUGCUCGGAAGAUACUAUUGAUGUUGCUGGUUAUGUUAAAUCCCUUCAACAUCCACUGGUGGAAGCCCGUAUUAUGAGAAUGAGGUUCUCCAAGGUAGGACUGCUGUACAUACCGAAGUCCUAGACUCAACCAUAGGGUACAGGCUGCUACUGUAGGCUAUAUAGUUUCAUAUGUUGAACAUCCUUUCUAACCCUGUUAAAACUGAGUCUUAUGUGCCUAAAGUAUUAAUCAAGGAUUUCAUGCAGAUAAUAUUCUUUCAUUAGCUGUAAACAUUUAUUUACAAUUAAAAGCAGCAUAAUUGGUAGGAAAUAUUAUUAAAGGACACAUAAAAGCCUGUGACAAAAGACAGUCCCCAUAUAUAUGAUUGUCUUACUAUAACAAUUCUUGGUAUGAACAAAUAAGAGUAAGGAGACUGUUAUUGACGUUGUACUUAUACUGAAAGCAGUAAUAUCCAGGAAACUUAGGAAAAUAUGUUCAACUAAAAGUACGAAAGUUGCCGCAAACACUGAGAUAAUUUAGA